AUGGAGGGCUUCGGACACAUAAACGGGUGCCACGGGUUGGCCGAACGGCUCAGAGAUCGCGGCCAUCGGGUAGUGUUCGCCAUCGACAAGAAAUUUGCCGGACGUCUGGCCCCUCACGGCUUCGAAGAGGAGCACAUGUACUCCGAGAACAGCGAACUACCACCGGGUGCUGUGGACCCAAUAUUUAUCAUGUUAAACGAGAAUGGCCUGUUGUUUGCCCAGGAACCUAUUAAGGUGGUUGAAUUUUGCGCUAAUGCUUUUGUUGCAAUGAUGGGUGAGGUACGUCAGAAAGACACCCAGUAUAAGGCAGUUUUAGAUAAGGUUAAGCCCGAUGUGAUUGUCAUCGACUCAUAUAUGUCGUCGCCGGUGCUCAUGAAGUCCGGUAUACCCUGGGUAUGGCUGUACUCAGCCGGUCCGUUGGGAACGUUUAAUAAUGAUAAUCUACCGCCUGGUUGGUUAGGUUUACCAACAAAUGAUGGCAGAGAAAAGUGGACUCAACUUAAAAUACAAAUUGAGAGUAUUUGGAAAGAUCUUCACAAAGAUGUUAAUGAAUGGAUGGUCAGCGAAGGCGUGGAUCCGUUGCCCUCCGAAUCCAACAGAUUUUUGCAUCACUUCUCCAAACAUCUCAACAUUUAUAUGACUCCCAAAGAGUUGGACUACAAAGAGUUGCAGCCAUUGGCCCACAACUGGCAUAGAGUGGACGGCUUUGUCCGCACAACUCAUGACACGUUUGAGAUACCAGAAUGUCUGCGGAACAGACAGGGAAAGUUGGUCCUCCUAUCCAUGGGUUCUUUGGGCUGCGCUAUAGUAGAGCUUAUGGUGCGGUUGACCACAAUUCUGGGUAAAUCGAAGCAUAGGUUUAUCGUAAAUACGGGUCCACUGCAUGACAAGUAUUCACUGCCGGACAACAUGUGGGGCCAACCAUUCCUCCCGCAGACAGCGAUCUUACCAUUAGUUGAUUUAGUGCUAACACACGGCGGCAACAAUACUGUGACCGAGACUUUCUAUUUCGGUAAACCUAUGCUUGUAUUACCCCUUUGGGCGGAUCAAUACGACAACGCACAGCGCCUGCAGGAGUCGGGUCUCGGCUUAAGACUGGAUCCGUUUCGUUGCACUGAAGAGGAAUUGUUGACAUCAAUCGACAAAUUAGUUAACGAUUCAAAUUUGGCUCAAAGAAUGGAAUCAAUUGGCGAUAGGAUUAGGGAUAAUAACGACAAACAAAUAAUUGCUAAACGCUUUGAAGACUUGUUUAUACGAAAUAAUUAA